GGCAGUCAAUUUCCGAUGCCAGUCAGUUCGGGGAGUUAUUUACGUCGACUCGGAACCACUGCACUUGUAACUGCACUGAGAAAAACAAGGAAAAGAGUAUCAAAGCUCCGCGUUCCGAAACAUAGUGUUCUUAAAAAUAGAGGAGAUUAAAAAAGCUGCUUGAGCUAUUAAUACUGUGAGAAGUGUCAACAUGUUCCUUGGUGUAGAUCAACUCCGAAAAGAAUAUGACAAGAACUUGCCUAAGCCACCACAACUGCCCCGAGUGAUUCUAAGUGUCGCCGAGGAGAACAGAGAGCCAGCCACCAGAGCAACUUAACGACACCACCGAUCGCAGAAUUUGCACCUGCCCCAGCCGCAAGUAGCGACACCCGCAACCAGCCACCACCUGCAACCACCCACUGGAUGGAUCUGAAGCACAGCGCCAGUGGGGCCGCCGAAAACAGCGAGCACUUCAUAGCCACCAGCAAGUCCACAGACAUGAUAUCGCCCAAGGACAAGGAGGGCAAGGCGGCCAAGGCAGCCGGCGGACAGAAUGCCCCAGCCGAAGGCUACAAAGUCUACGCCCGUCGCUGGGCGGUGCUCAUUCUCUUUGUGUUCUAUUCAUCCUCGAAUGCCAUGCAGUGGAUACAAUACACCAUCAUCAACAACAUAAUAACCCGCUACUACGGCAUCAGCGACAAGUGGGUGGACUGGACGUCCAUGAUUUAUAUGAUCCUCUACAUACCGCUCAUAUUCCCCGGCAGUUGGUUUUUGGAUAAAGUGGGUCUUCGCAUAACCGCCCUGGUUGGCAUCGUGGGCACAUGUGUGGGCGCCUGGAUCAAGGUCUUCUCGGUGGAUCCGUCGCUCUUCUACGUGAGCUUCAUUGGCCAGUCGAUCGUGGCCCUGGCCCAGGUGUGCAUCCUGUCGCUUCCGGCCCGACUGGCUGCAGUUUGGUUUGGUCCCGAUCAGGUGUCCUCGGCCACCAGCGUGGGAGUCUUCGGCAACCAGCUGGGCGUGGCCGUUGGCUUUGUGCUGCCACCCAUGCUGGUGCCAAAUUCCCCGGAUCUGGAGACGGUGGGCAGUGAUCUGCAGAUGAUGUUCUACUACGUGGCCGGUCUCACCAGCGUCCUGCUCAUCCUGAUGGUGCUAUUUUUCCAGGACAAACCGCCCACGCCACCCUCCGCCGCCCAGGAGGCGGCCCAACUUUUGGAGAGCUCCGGGGAAGAGCAAGUCAGCUUCAUGCAGUCGCUGAAGAACCUGAUAACCAACCGAAACUUCAUCUUCCUGCUGCUGUCCUACGGCAUCAACGUGGGCGUCUUCUACGCCAUCUCCACGCUCCUGAAUCCGGUGGUGCUGAAGUAUUAUCCCGGCCACGAGGUGGACGCCGGCCGUAUUGGCCUCAGCAUCGUGCUGGCCGGGAUGCUGGGCUCCGUGGUAUCGGGCAUUGUGCUGGAUAAGACGCACAAGUUCAAGGAAACCACGCUGGCGGUCUACGCGCUCUCCAUGGUGGGCAUGUGGAUCUUCACCUUCACCCUGGACACGGGUCACAUCGCGGUGGUCUAUCUGACGGCUUCGCUGCUGGGCUUCUUCAUGACCGGGUACCUGCCGGUGGGCUUCGAGUUCGGGGCCGAGCUGACGUUCCCGGAGCCCGAGGGCACCUCCUCCGGCCUGCUGAACGCCUCCGCCCAGACCUUCGGCAUCUGCUUCACGCUCUUCUACUCGGAGCUGUUCACCACCUUCGGGGACAUUGCCGCCAACAUAACCAUGGCCGUGAUGCUGAUCGUGGGCACCAUCAUUACGGCCACCACCCAGUCGGAUCUGCGGCGCCAGAACGCCCAGGUGCCCGCCAGCGGGGCUGGCAAUCCGUAGGGAACUCAGGCAGGCCCGGCGACUGUCUUUUAUGUAUAGUAUUCUACGCAUAUCGUUUUACCAUUUAAUUUAUUUAAUUGUUUACUGUACAUUCCGUUGUAGCCUUAAGUGUUGAAUUUUAAAAUGUUCAUUAAAGGUGCAUAGCAACACGCAGAACACGAGCACA